UGAACAUUCCAACUAAUAAGACAAAGGUUCUCGACAUAUUAUUGAUAUUAGUUUGUUCCGUCUCAGCAGUGAAUCAUUAGCAAAAUUCGAGCAAAGAAAAUUUCUAUACCGGACCCUCGCUAACGGAUCAAUCUGCGGCCUGGAGUUGUGCAGGAGUAGGACCCGUUACCGUAUUUAAUCAUUGAUUAAAUAGAAGAUUUCGAUCUAUGUAUCUAUCGAUGAUAAAAUGAGAAAAUGGUGAGCGAAGAAAUAGUGGAGUUUAAUAAGAAGUCACAGCCGAUCUUCAAGAAUCCAGUUUUUCAGCAAAAAUUCCGGCCAACUAGUACUACUGGAAAGAAAAGAACCUGGCGCUCGUUAAAGCAGGUUUUGGCUCAAGAACGUGCAUUACCGUGGCCCAUAGAAAUAGUACAUUAUAGUUCUAUUAAUGCACCGCCAAGCUUCAGACCAGCAAAGAAAUACUCGGACAUUUCUGGACUACCGGUACAUGCACGAUACACGGAUCCACAAACCAAGCUAUAUUAUGCAACCGCUGAAGAGUUUGCAACAGUUCGAAGUUUACCAAUGGAUAUAACUGCUGGAUACCUGGCAUUACGCGGUGCUUCUAGUAUAGUUGGUUAAUUUGUAAAAUUCAUGAAUUCCUUCUAUAUAACCUUAGACACCUAGCUUAUGAAAUGAGAAACAAUAGUUUUAUAAUUGUAUAUUUAUUACAGAUAUACUUUAAAUGAACAAACACAAUAUAUAAUUCUGCAAAUUUUUUAUGUUGUACAGUACAUAUAAACAGAAAUAUCUUAAUUUGUUCACAUUUAAUUAUAUAAACUGAUUUAUACACGAUCUACUCUCCUUUUCGACGGGAUUCCCUGAAAUAAACAACUGCACAAAUAAUUUAAA